GGUUUUUAACACUAUUUCGGAAUAUAAUAAUUAUUUCGUUCAGUAGAAAGUGUCUGUUAAGUGAGUGAUAUUUUGAUACCUCAGAAUUGCACGAAUGAAGUCAGAAUCGUAUCGUAUUUAGACGUAAAUUUUGAGUAGAUAAUCCCGAACUUGUGAAUUUAUGAGACUCGUUGUAGGCAACAAACGAGAAUGCGAAAUCUAGAAAUUGCUGUGCUUGGAGCUGGAGUUGUCGGUGUUAAUACUGCAUUAAGGAUCCAGGAAGAAUUUCCAUCUGCUAAAGUCACCUUGAUACAUGAUAAAUUCUAUGGAACUGCUUUAAGCUAUGGUCCUCCUGGCAUUUUUUACCCUUCUUCGGAUUUCGGCGGAUUUGAUAGGGAUCUUGCCAAGAACAUCGUUCGUACUUCGUUCAAGUAUUACCAACAAUUGCUGAACAUCCCUAAAAGCGGAGUGACAGAAAUUCGCGGAUACUUAUUUUCUGAUACGAAUGAAAGCAACGUCCGAAGUGACCUUAUGGAAAGUAUCGUUCCAUGCUAUCGUCCUACAACUGAGGAAGAACGUCAAUUAAAUUCAAAGUCGUGGAAAUACGGAUCGUACUUUGAGACAAUAAGAACCCAAUGCACGUUAUUUAUUCCUUGGGCGUUAAAGAAGUUCAAGCAGAAUGGUGGAGUCACGUUGAAAAAACACAUCACCAAUUUCAGCGAAUUAGAAACCGAAUACGAUGUCGUUUUCAAUUGCACUGGAUUGAACGCGAAAUAUUUAUGUAACGAUCCCUUCAUUGUACCCAUUCGUGGCCAGCUUAUGCAUGUGUACGCUCCGCAAAUAAAAAAUUUCUAUUUCAACGACUCCAACACUUACAUAUUUCCCUUGGGAAAUGGAAAAGUUUGUAUGGGCGGUAGUCGUGAUUACGGUAGUUAUGAAACCGAAGUGAAUCAUUUUGACACCCUGUCGAUUAUAAAACGGUGUAGCGAAAUUGUUCCCAGUUUGAAGGAACCGACUAUUCUGACUCAAUGGGUUGGAUUGAGACCGCAUAGAAAUAUUGUUCGAUUGGAGGUGGAAAAUUUGGGAAAAUUGAAGAUUGUGCAUAAUUAUGGACACGGUGGUUCUGGAAUUACAACUGCUCCUGGUAGCGCUGAUCACGUUGUUGAUUUAUUUAAACAUUCCCAUUCCUCCAAGAGUAAAUUGUAAAUUGAGCAAUUAUUUGAAUGGGCGAUUCAUUCUCCAUUUUAAAACCUCAAUUUUAUUUCUCUUCUUAAGAUUUAAAUUUUAAAAAAAGCCCGAGCAAUUUUUUGUAUUUUUUGUUUUCAAGUUACUCUUAAUACUUACCUAAUAAAAUGACUUUUAAUACUUA